UGCCGGGCCGCGCGCCGGGCCAGGCGGCAGGCGCGCGCUGAUUGGACGGCGCUCCCCGCGGCGCGGGCCCGCAGCCGGGCGCCCCGCUCAGCCAGCGCCAGCGGCCACCGCACCCAGCCGCGCCGGCGAGGACAUGUGCAGCCGCGGCGCGCCCGCCCCCCGCGCCGGUAAAAUCAAAACCCAAUCGUGGCAGGCAGCCGCAAAUUAAAUGUGAAUUAUUAAAAAGAAAAUGGCCCAACGGAGCACCAUAUUUCCUUCUUGUGUCACCAAGGAAAGGUAUAAUAUAUGGAAAAUAUGCAUCUAAGGAGAGUGAGAACCAUGCCCCGACACAGCCAGUCCCUGACCAUGGCACCAUACUCAUCUGUAAGCCUCGUGGAGCAACUGGAAGACAGGAUCCUCUGCCAUGAGAAGACCACUGCCGCCCUUGUAGAGCACGCCUUUCGGAUUAAAGAUGACAUUGUCAACAGUUUGCAGAAAAUGCAAAACAAAGGGGGAGGUGACCGCUUGGCCAGGCUUUUCUUGGAGGAGCAUAUCAGAAACAUAACUGCCAUAGUGAAGCAACUCAAUCGGGAUAUUGAGGUACUCCAGGAGCAGAUUCGUGCCCGGGACAAUAUUAGCUACGGAACUAAUUCUGCCUUAAAGACCCUGGAGAUGCGCCAGCUCUCCGGUUUGGGAGAUCUUCGAGGAAGAGUGGCAAGAUGUGAUGCCAGCAUAGCCAGACUUUCUGCAGAGCACAAAACGACCUACGAGGGGCUCCAGCAUUUGAACAAAGAACAGCAGGCUGCCAAACUUAUCCUGGAAACAAAAAUCAAAGACGCGGAGGGACAGAUUUCCCAGCUUUUGAGCAGAGUGGACUUGUCAAUAUCAGAGCAGAGCACCAAACUGAAGAUGUCCCACAGAGACAGUAACCACCAGCUUCAGCUUUUGGACACUAAAUUUAAAGGUACAGUUGAAGAACUCAGUAACCAGAUAUUGUCUGCACGGAGUUGGUUGCAACAGGAGCAAGAACGGAUAGAAAAACAGCUUUUACAGAAAAUUGACCAGCUUUCCUUGAUUGUGAAGGAAAACAGUGGAGCCAGUGAAAGGGACGUGGAGAAGAAGCUCAGCCAGAUGUCGGCCAGACUUGACAAAAUAGAAGAGGGUCAGAAGAAGACUUUCGAUAGUCAGAGAACGAGGCAAGAAGAGGAGAGGAUGCACGGGCGAAUCACCAAGCUGGAGUUACAGAUGAACCAGAACAUGAAGGAAAUGAAGGCAGAAGUGAAUGCUGGGUUUACAGCUGUCUAUGAAAGCAUAGGAUCCCUCAGGCAAGUUCUCGAGGCCAAGAUGAAGCUGGACAGGGACCAGCUACAGAAGCAGAUCCAACUGAUGCAGAAGCCGGAAACCCCCAUGUGAGGGGAGCUGGCACAAGGUCCUAAACGACGGCGUUGCCAGUGGGGCCAGGAGCCGGAUACCUCUGUAGCCAGGCUGUCGCCGCAUUCAGGAUUGUUCCAUCCGUGGUGUGCAUGUGCCGCGAAGUGUGUUUUUAUGGGUCUAAACGUUUAUCUUGAGUCUUGAAAAUACUCUAAAACUAUGAAAUGCCAUUUUUAACACUUUAUUUCACUUCUCUAAAUUCAAUGGAAAUCCCACCCCCCUGUAUUUUGAAAGGCUUUUAUCUUCUUCAUUUUACAAAUGGAAAGAGGACAGUUUUUAUUCAAUGCGUGAUGCACUAGCAAAGACUGUUUACCAUUUUGAAAAAUGUCAUAGUGAUUUUUUAAAAUUAAGAAACGACUCAUCACAGGAAUGUUUUGCUCCUCACCCUAAAUUAAGAGAAUGUUCCGGUAGAUUAGCCUUCAACCUUUAAGUCCAAUUUGGAUUUUAUUAUUGUCGUCUAUGCAUUUCUUAUAUUGGUUAUCUCCUUGUAAACCUUCUGUCUUUUGUAAGGGGAAAGGGUUUAACACUUAGAAGAAACCCCACCGUUUAUGUAAUGAAUAGGGUUUAAAAAUUGCAAACUGCCAUAUGGAUUGCAAAUUAAAUGGAAACUUAUUUAGAUAUUGUAAGGCUCAAUAUCUACACCGACCACCUAGAUAUUACAGGUUUUAAUAUUUAAAACUAUUUUUGAAUUAUCCACAGCCUGUAUAGUGAUAGCCAUAUAUUUAAUAAUGGAAUGGUGGUUAACAGUCUGUUUACUGCACAAUUAAUUGUUGACUAAUCAAAAUAGAAUGUGGUACUUUUUCAGACUUUCUGAUCUCUCUAAAUGUCUCCAAAAUUGGCACAAAGUGCUAGAGUUUGUAUACACUUGUUGUAACUGUAUUUUCGUGCCUUGGUUUGAUCAUGUUAAUGCACUGUACUCUGUAAGUUUUGCAGACAAAAUAGAAAGUAAGAAAAUUCGUCAGAAGUAUGAUGUAAAGCAGGAAUCUUCUGUAUUUUUUAAAUGUUCUAAAAUUUUUCUCACUGUUAAGGGAUUAAUCAUUCAGCAUUGCUAAUGGAAUAGGAAUUCAUACUUUUGUAUGGACAAUUCAAAUGGAUGUUGCAUUUAUAGCACCAUCGAGAAACCUUCAUCUUGAGUAACUUUGUAGAUGAUGGGUGUUUUAUUUUCAAUUACCGUAUUUCAUCAGUCAUUGAGAAUUGGCCCCAGUGCGGUUUGUUCAUCUCUGUAUGUAAAAACGGACAGUGAGCCACACCGAUCUGAUCUGUGAGGGUGCCCCAGGAAAAAGAUGUAAAAACGGACAGUGAGCCACACCGAUCUGAACUGUGAGGGUGCCCCAGGAAAAAGCUGUAAAAACGGACAGUGAGCCACACCGCUCUGACCUGUGAGGGUGCCCCAGGAAAAAGAUGUAAAAACGGACAGUGAGCCACACCGAUCUGAACUGUGAGGGUGCCCCAGGAAAAAGAUGUAAAAACGGACAGUGAGCCACACCGAUCUGAACUGUGAGGGUGCCCCAGGAAAAAGAUGUAAAAACGGACAGUGAGCCACACCGUUCUGAUCUGUGAGGGUGCCCCAGGAAAAAGAAAAACAGGAAUCUUUAACAAUUAAAAAGAAAAAAAUGUUUUUUUGUUUGCCAAGGACUCAGGAAAAUAAAAAGCAUUUUCUAUUUUUAGGAUAAAUCACAAAGGAAAUCUCCAGCUGGCUCUUACUGUUUACCCCUAUAAAAUAUGCUGCUGAAGUAUGUAUGUGACUCUCAAUGGCUUGACAAAUUUUCUUUUUUCGAAUUUGGACAUGAGAGGUUAUAUAGGGACUCUGUCAUCCAACACUUAUUUUCUUGUUUUGUCACAAAUUUCCACUUAACGAAGAAAAAAAGAGGCGAAUGCUCUUUUGCGAUCAGAAAGUGAAUUUCCUUUGUGGUAGCGUACAGGCGUUUCAUGUGGUCCUUCACGUUUAAGCACAAACCACAGCACAGGAAGCCACACCCCUCCGCAUCUCUGUUCUCUGGGGUCUUUGAGGAGAAGGAAUCAGAACUUUGACACCUGGGAAGAGGGAGGUGCGGAGCACCAGCUGGACCUGGCCAAGGGGUGAUGUAAGCAGGGGACAUGUGCCUGUCAGCUGGGCUUCUCAGGUGCUUCUGACAUUGCCAGCCCCAUGGGAUGAGCCACUGCAGGCGUGCUCCACCUCGGCUACAUGUUGGAAUCAUCUGGAGGAGUCCGGAAGGUUACUGAUGCCCCUCUGUCCCUCCUAGACCGAUUAAGUCAGAACCUGUGGGAGGGUCUCGGGCAUCAGGGCGUGCCCGAGGCCCGCGGUGUUUUGGUGUGCAGCCACCUUGUAGUAUUCUUCUCACCAGAGCUCAAAGGAGAAUCAGCUUCCAUGUUCUUUCCUCCACCAGAAAUCUGCAAUAAAAAGAAAAAAUUUUCAAGUAAA